UCAAAUUUAAAGAAAAAAGAAAGAAGAAAGGAAACAAACAGCUGCUAUAAUAUUCUACCAAAAUGGAUAUCAAAACCUGUAGUAGUACUCUUCCUCUAUACGAAAGAAUUUCUCGAAAAAAUGUCGUGAAGAACUUUUUCGAAAUCAUAAUCUUCUUUCUUCUCCUCCCUCUCCCCGUUUAUCGCAUCAUCUUUCUACGUGACCAUACGGUUGAUUCCUCUUACUGGCUCCUUGCCUUCCUAUGCGAGCUUUGGUUUACUUUCUAUUGGGUCAUCUUGAUCAGCACCAAAUGGAACCCUGUAGAAUACAAAACCCACCCUGAUCGCCUCUUGCAAUGGGUUGAUGAGCUUCCUUCAGUGGACAUGUUUGUGACAACGGCGGAUCCAGAACUAGAACCACCGAUAAUCACUAUAAACACGGUUUUAUCAUUGUUAGCAGUGGAUUAUCCAGCUUCCAAGCUGGCUUGCUACGUGUCCGACGACGGAUGUUCUCCGAUCAUCCUCUACUCUCUCAUGGAAGCAUCAAAUUUUGCGAAGCUUUGGGUUCCAUUUUGUAAGAAGCACAAUGUUAAACUUAGAGCACCUUUCAGAUAUUUCAGCAGUGAGUCUUUGCCUUUAGGUCAUGAGUAUUCAAGGGAAUUUCAACGGGAGUGGAAAGCUAUGAAGGAUGAGUACGAACAACUUAGCCGUAAAAUUAUUGGAGCAGUUGUCGAAAAAGCAUCACUUCCAUGCGAUCUUGUCAAGGACUUUGAAGUUUUCUUAAACAUAGAAAGGAUAAAUCAUCCAACCAUAAUCAAGGUUAUAUGGGAGAACAAACGAGGUAUUGCAGAUGAAAUGCCACAUUUAGUUUAUAUAUCCAGAGAAAAGCGUCCAACGCAUCCACAUCAUUACAAAGCCGGUGCCAUGAAUGUUUUGGCCAGGGUUUCAGGAUUGAUGACAAAUGCCCCAUUCAUGUUGAACGUAGACUGUGACAUGUUUGUCAACAAUCCAAAGACAGUUCUUCACGCAAUGUGCUUGUUGCUUGGUCCUAAGAAUGAAAAGGAAGUCGCAUUUUGUCAGUGUCCUCAGGUCUUCUAUGAUGGGCUCAAGGAUGACCCUUUUGGAAAUCAAUUGGUCGUUUUGUUUGAGUAUUUGGCGAAGGGGGUGGCAGGAAUUCAAGGGCCAUUUUACUCAGGAACAGGAUGUUUCCACAGACGAAAAGUCAUAUACGGCUUGUCGCCGGAUGAUAUAGAAAACAAUACUAAUGGAAAGUUAGCUAAGGAUCACAAGUUACUCCAAAUUAGUUUUGGAAGCUCAAAGGAUUUUGUUACGGCAGUUGCCGACGCUUUUAAAGGAGAAAAGACAGAAUUUGCCAAGAGUCUUGAGAAUUCUUUAGAGGCUGCUAACCAAGUAGCAGCUUGUGGGUACGAGAGUGGUACUGAUUGGGGUAAGAAGGUUGGCUGGAUAUAUGGAUCAACAACGGAAGAUAUCAACACUAGUCUAAUUAUCCAUAGGAAGGGCUGGAGAACUGUCCUUAGUUGGCCGGAUCCGCCGGCCUUUCUAGGAUGCGCUCCCACAAGUGGACCCACUGCCAUGACCCAACAGAAAAGGUGGGCCACAGGCCUUCUAGAAAUCCUAGUCAGCAAAAAUUGUCCCAUAUUUUUCACCCUAUUUGGCAAGCUUCAGCUCAGGCAGGGCUUGGCCUAUUUGUGGAUCCUCUGUUGGGGAUUACGCUCUAUUCCUGAGUUGUGUUAUGCUGCUCUACUUGCGUAUUCUAUCAUCACUAAUUCCCCUUUCUUGCCUUUCUUGCCUAAGAGCCAAGAACCGGCCUUCUACAUACCAAUUGCGCUCUUUGUCAUCUACAACCUCUACACACUGUCAGAGUAUUUUGCCACCGGUCAGUCCAUCCGAGCAUGGUGGAAUAAUCAGAAAAUGAGAAUAGUAACUUCAAUGAGUGCUUGGGUUCUUGGAGUAGUUAGCGUGGCACUAAAGAUUCUGGGAAUUUCAGAGACAGUAUUUGAAGUCACCAAGAAAGACCAAUCUACUUCAAGUAGUAGUUCCAAUGACACGGACGGCGAUGCUGGUAGAUUCACCUUCGACGAGUCCCCGAUUUUCGUGCCGGUUACUACCCUUUUGUUGGUCCAAUUGAUGGCGCUGGCUAUGGUCGUUUUUGGUAUGCAACCGCGAGCUCGUGGUGGGCAUGGCUCAGGCAUUUUGGACGUUCUUUGCAGUGCGUGGUUGGUGUUAUGCUUGUGGCCUGUUCUGAAAGGGUUGUUUGGUAAAGGGAAAUACGGCAUUCCCUUAUCCACCCUUUGUAAGUCUACCGCUUUGGCUUUGCUUUUUGUUGUCUGGUGCAGAAGGACCACAAUGAGUUGAUGAAAAUGUUUGUCGAUGGAACUACAUAAUAUGAGACCUGCUCCGGUAUGCUAACAUAUUGAUGGGGCAAAAUUACAUGUCUAUUGGAUCUGUACGCAGUUUCAACGGUUAGAAAAACCUGAUCUAUACCGGUACGUCAGGCGUAAUCUCCCGCAUAAUAUUUGUGAUUUCCAUGCAUUAUGUAAUUCGUGAAUUCGUGAGUGGUUUUUACUCCAAAAAUAAAUUAAGUCUUCAUUUAUUACUAGAGAUGAGGUUUUUAGAAGUUGUAAGCCACAUUUGAAUAAGUGCCUGGACUACAUAUUAAGCUCUUGCUCUUAUAACGAGUCUA